AUGAACGAAGACAACAUCUCCAUCUACGCCCACUGCAAUGCGGAUGGCCAUCUCCGUCAAAUCUUCACUGUUAACGUAUUUGGAAAGAGGGUAUACACUACCGUCACUUGCAGAUCCUCUGUUGUGAGGAAGUGGAUUUACAAAAUUCGCUUCCAACAUCGCUUGAAAAGGCACCGACUCGUGGUAGGUCUUGGUGUUCAAUGGCGUCCAAAUCUGUCUUACAGAGUUGCAGCAACUCUGCAAUUAUGUGUUGGUCGCCAGUGCCUCGUCUUCCAAAUCAUAAACGCAAAUAACAUUCCUCGAAUUCUGAGGCGAUUCCUCUCCGAUCAUCUUACUACUUUUGUUGGGGUCAGGAAUUAUGUUGAUUCUGGUAUGCUGAGUAAAGAUUUCAACCUGUAUGUGAAUCGUAUUGUGGAACUUGGUUCGAUGGCCAACAUUAGGGGUGCUUCGAUGGAGACGAUGGCGAGCGACAUCCUUGGUUUUCAUGAAAUCAAGAAGCCUGAGUUUAUUGGUAGGAGCCGCUGGGACGAUCGGAGGCUUACAGACCAUCAGGUGCAGUAUGCGUGCGUGGACUCCAAUCUUUCUUUUGAAAUUGGAAAGAAACUGAAAGCUUGGAACUACCGUCCUUGA